ACAAUUGUAAAAUAAAUAUCAAUAAACGAGAUCAAGAAUACUUCAAAGAGUAAUAUAAUAAUACGGGUAGAAUAAUUACCCCGAUUUAGUUAUCAAUAAGUAGUAAAUACAAAUACAAAAAAUAAAUCAAUUUUAAUAAAGGAAUAUCGUUACCUGAAAGACUUGUAGAACAUGAAAGAAACUAAAAUGUGCACCCAUUUGUCUGGAGGAAGAUUGAACGUCGCUAUAAUCCAAGAAACAAUGAGAAAGGAGUUUUUAAAUCUAUUACAACUGUGCGAGGGCUCUAAGGUGACAAUCUGGGAUGAAUGGCUCGCAGGUCCAGUAGGUUUAGUGGCUCAGUACUCUUUGUUAAAGGAACAUGAAGUGGCAGAUAUGUUUCCCUUGCGCCCAGGCAGCCUGCCUACAAUAUCGGUUAAACACAUAAUUUUCAUUGCUAGACCAAAGAUAUUCUUAAUGGAUUUGGUUGCGGACUAUAUUCAGUCUCUAAGAAACAAACAGAGUGCACCAGUGGAAUUUCACCUAUUCUUUGUGCCGAGAAGAAGUGAAUUGUGUGAGAAACAUCUUAAGAACAGAGGAGUGUACAAUAAUCUCACAAUACAAGAAUUUAUCUGUGACAUAUUUCCAUUUGAUAGUGAUUUAAUGUCACUUGAGCUUCAAAAUGAUUUCAGAGAGAAUUACUUGGAGGGCGAUCCAACAUGCUUGUACAAUGCAGCUCAAGCACUGAGGACUAUACAACAACUGUAUGGUAUUGUGCCACGUGUGUUUGGCAAGGGACAAGCAGCUAAGCAGGUAUGGGACCUUCUUUGUCGUCUAAACAAAGAGGAACAGGGACUGGGUCCGAAGGGCGCUACAACGUCAUGCAUAGAUCAUCUACUUUUGAUAGAUCGAGCCAUUGAUUUCACUAGCGUUAUGGCGACGCAACUAACUUACGAAGGUUUAAUUGAUGAACUGUACGGCAUCAAGAAUUCAACAGCAACAUUCCCAGGGCACAAGUUCGUCAGUCCAGAUGACACUAACCCAGAAGUGACAGCAAGGGAACGCAAGCGAGUUAUUUUGAACAGCAGUGAAGAGCUGUACACAGAGCUGCGAGAUUGUAGCUUUACCACUGUGGGAACAGUGCUAUCGAAAAAAGCUCGCGUGAUAAAAACGCAACUGGACGAGAGACACAACGAUAAAUCGGUGCAAGAGAUCAAGCAGUUUGUGUCGCGACUGCCGCAGAUGUUGGCCAACAAACAGUCGCUAGCCACACAUACAGCUAUAGCUGAAUAUAUUAAAGAGACUACAGACUCAUUUGAUUUCCACGACAAGAUUCAGUGCGAAGAGGACUUUUUGAACUGCGUUGAGAAUGAGAAAGUUUGUACAUUCAUUGAAGACCUUAUCGCUCAGAAGGCACCUCUGACGAAGGUAUUGAGGUUGAUCUGUCUCCAAUGUGCCACGGGUUCAGGUCUAAAGCCGAAAGUACUAGAAUACUAUAAACGCGAGUUGGUUCAAGUGUACGGAUUAAAGACUUGGCUCACUUUAUGCAAUCUUGAGAAGUGUGGAUUGCUCAAACCACAAACUGGAUCUAGACAGUAUGCGGUUUUGAGAAAGGCGUUACACCUAACAAUGGACGAAUCAGAGCUGGAUGCGAAAGAGAAGAGCUAUCUAUCGAGCAAAUACAUUCCCCUCACAGUGAGACUGAGCGAACACAUCGCCAAGAACAAAGGCUGGGCUGGCAUUGUGGAUGUUAUUGGAGCUCUACCAGGACCAACAGUAGAUGAACUACAAACGCUGCAGCCUCGUAUGGUUCGUCGGAAUUCCAUUUCUAGUGAAAACUCCUCAGUAGACAGCCCUAAAGUUAUUUUAAUAUUUUUCAUUGGGGGCUGUACCUUCCAUGAAAUCUCAGCAUUACGUUCAAUCAGUCAGCAAGAGGAUUCCAAUGUUGAGUUCGUUAUUUUAACCACUAAAGUAAUCAAUGGAAACUCUUUUAUUGAAACUCUCAUGGAGGAAUAAUUUUAUAGUUAUAUUUAUUAAAAUAUAUUCAUAUUAUAUAAUCAUUGUUAUUUAAUAGCUGUGUAUGAAAAGUAAUAAAGGCCUGAAAUAUU